AGUGUUCCUGAGGGCCAUUAAUCAGUAUGCAGCCGUGUUAAACAAGAAGUUCCUGGAUCAGACCAACUUUGAGCUUCAGCUGUGGAACAACUACUUCCACCUUGCCGUGGCGUAUCUUACCCAGGAGUCCUUGCAGCUUGAGAACUUCUCCAGCGACAAACGAUCCAAGAUCUUCCAGAAGUACCAGGACAUGAGAAGACACAUUGGCUUUGAGAUCAGAGACAUGUGGUAUAAUCUAGGUCCACACAAGAUCAAGUUCAUCCCAGAGAUGGUGGGUCCCAUCCUAGAGAUGACUCUGGUCCCAGAGAUAGAGCUGAGGAAAGCUACCAUCCCCAUCUUCUUCGACAUGAUGCAGUGUGAAUUCCACUUCACAUGCAGCUUCCAACGGUUUGAGAAUGAGAUCAUCACCAAACUGGAUCACGAGGUGGAGGGGGGCAGAGGAGACGAGCAGUACAAAGUCCUCUUCCACAAGAUUCUGUUGGAACACUGCAGGAAACACAAGUACCUGUCUAAGAGUGGGGAGAUCUUUGUGAGCCUGGUGGUUCGUCUGUUAGAGAGACUCCUGGACUACAGGACCAUCAUGCACGAUGAGAACAAGGAGAACCGGAUGAGCUGCACUGUCAACGUGCUGAACUUCUACAAGGAGAUAGAGAGAGAGGAGAUGUACAUCAGGUACCUGUACAAGCUGUGUGACCUCCACAAGGAGUGUGACAACUACACUGAAGCUGCCUACACACUGCUGCUGCACGCUAAGCUGCUCAAGUGGUCUGAGGAGCCGUGUGCAGCUCACCUCACCCAGAGAGACGGCUACCAGGCCUCGACUCAAGGACAACUCAAGGAUCAGCUCUACCAGGAGAUCAUCAACUUCUUCGACAAGGGCAAGAUGUGGGAGGAAGCCAUCGUACUAGGAAAGGAGCUGGCAGACCAGUACGAGAACGAGAUGUUUGACUUUGAGCAGCUCAGUGCCUCCUUGAGGAAGCAGGCUCAGUUCUACGAGAACAUUGUGAAGGUGAUCCGGCCCAAGCCAGACUACUUCGCUGUGGGAUACUACGGAGUGGGCUUCCCUUCCUUCCUCAGGAACAAGAUGUUCAUCUAUAGGGGGAAGGAGUACGAGAGGAGAGAGGACUUCGAGGCCAGACUGCUUACCCAGUUCCCCAACGCUGACAAGAUGAAGACUACCACACCACCCGGCGAAGACAUCAAGACCUCAUCCUCACAGUGCAUCCAGUGUUUUACCGUCAAGCCUGUUCUAGAACUCCCUUCAAAGUUCCAGAACAAACCAGUGUCUGAGCAGAUCGUCAGUUUUUACAUGAUAAAUGAAGUCUGUCAGUUCCAGUACUCCAGACCGGUGAGGAAGGGAGAGAAGGACCCAGACAACGAGUUCUCGAACAUGUGGAUCGAGCGAACGACUUACACCACGGCCUACAAACUGCCUGGAAUACUGCGAUGGUUCGACGUCAGGUCUGUCUCCACGGAGGAGAUCAGCCCAUUGGAGAAUGCCAUGGAGACGAUGCAACUGACCAAUGAGAAGAUCAGCAACAUGGUGCAGCGUCACCUGAACGACACCAACCUUCCCAUCAACCCCCUCUCCAUGCUGCUCAACGGCAUCGUGGACCCGGCUGUCAUGGGCGGUUUCACCAACUACGAGAAGGCAUUCUUCACAGAGAAGUACCAGGGGGAUCACCCUGAGGACCAGGAGAAACUGGACAAACUGAAAGACCUCAUCGCAUGGCAGAUCCCUUACCUAGCUGAUGGAGUUCGUAUCCAUGGAGAGAAAGUGACUGAGGCUCUGAGGCCUUUCCAUGACCGCCUGGAGGCCUGCUUCAAACAGCUCAGAGAGAAAGUGGAGAAACAGUACGGAGUCAAGACACUGCCUGCGGUGGAUGACAGGCGUGGGACCCGUCCUCGCUCUAUGCUGCGUUCCUUCACCAUGCCCUCACAACAGAGACCACUCUCUGUGGCUUCAGUCAACUCCAUCUCCUCUGACAACUCCCCCUCCAGACCUGGCUCAGACGGCUUUGCCCUAGAGCCUCUCCUGCCAAAGAAGUUGCACUGCAAGUCCCAGGACAAGCUGGAGCGCGACGAGUCGGAGAGGAAGGACAAGAAGAAAGAGAAGAGGAACAGUAAACAUCAGGAGAUCUUUGACAAGGAGCUGAAGACCACCGACAUCCCCCUGCAGCCUGCCGAGGCAGUCAUACUGUCAGAGACGAUCAGCCCACUGAGGCCUCAGAGACCAAAGAGUCAGGUGUUGAACCUGUUGAGUGGAGACCGCCGUCUCUCUGUGUCCCCCGGACCCCCCCAGCCCCAGUCCUCCCCGGGUCCCCCACCCAUCACCCCCAGGAACAAACUGUCCUUCAGCCUGCUCGCCGUCUCCAGUCUGGAGCUGAACGGGAUGGGGGUUGAUAAAGGGGAGACUCCUCCUCCUCUGCCCGUGAAGGGCAUCUCUGCUGAUUAUGGGAACCUGCUAGGAGAUAAUCAAGACUUGACGAGUCCCUCCACCCCUCCCCUGACUCACCAUCAAAGGCAUCUGCCGCCUCCUCUUCCCAGCAAGACCCCCCCUCCCCCUCCCCCGAAGACCACCAGGAAACAAGCCUCCAUCGAUUCAGGAAUUGUACAAUAAACAAUGACAUUAAGACACCCGAUUUAUAAAAAAAACAAGGUUCUUUCCCCUCUGCAAUCUCUCUUCCCCCCCAUCGCCCACCCUCGCCUCCCCCCCGUCCUCCCCGUCCCUGCUCAACACAAGGAUGCAUUCCAAAAUGGCGACCUAUUACCAGUAGUUCACUACUUUGGACUACUUUUGACCAUAGGGCUCUGGUCAAACGUAGGGCACUAUAUAGUGAAGAGGGUGCCAUUAGGGGGAAACAGCAACAGUCUGACCAGGAGUGGAAGAAGAGUUUCUCACUCAGGUAACACUCCUUAUUGAGCCAUUCAUUUUGACUGUGUCCCAAACGGCACCCUAUUCCCUAUAUAGUGCACUACUUUUGACCACGGCCGAUUAAGGCUCUGGUAAAUAGUAGUUCACUACGUAGGGAAUAUGGGGGUGCCGUUUGGUGCAGAGACUCAUUGAUUCUUUCAUCUUUGCCUCUAGUGUGAUGAUGCGGUUUACUUUACCAUAGGUAGAUGGGUGAAUCAGUUUCACAUGAUUACUGGUCACUGAAUUCAUUGAUGCUGUUUACCAUCUAUGACUCCAUUCUCCACUUGAUAUACCACUUAGUUCAGGCCUUUGUAAAUGCUAUGAGAUCGUGUUCCACCUAUAGAAUUAGAAUGAGUGAAAUGGAUUUAGAAUCAGAACCAGGUGAGUGAACCGUUCUCUGGUUCUGUCUUUUACACUUUGACCAAUAGACAGGCUGGUGAGUGACGAGCAGCAUUCUGACCCCGCCCACCUGCUCUUAGUCGCUGGGAGCACAUAGUAACAGAAAACAGGCUUUUUAUUCCCUAGUUUAUCUUUUGUAUGCAUAGUUACAGAAAACAUCAUUUUAUUCCCUAGUUUAUCUUUUGUAUGCAUAGUUACAGAAAACAUCAUUUUAUUCAGUGGUUUAUCUUUUUCUAUCCAUAUUCCCGCUUUGUACAGAGGUUUGUAUAUAGAAUUUUAUUUUCAUUUCAUUUUUUAUGUGGAAUUUAUCAUGACUUUUUUGUAUUAACAUUGCAUUAGAUAAACAGGUUUUCAUUUAUAUACCCCCCAAAAAGUUUUUUAAAGAUUUUAAAUGACAGGGACUGUAAAGAAUUGGUAUGUGAGAAUCUGCCUAUCAUUGAUUCUAUUGGUAAGGUUUGUGUUUUCUUUGGAGUGAACACAACUAACUCCCUCCUUCAUCAUACAUUGUCAUUGUAUAGGAUUUUUAAUGCUGUAACAUUGACUGUUUCCAAUUCACUACUGACUUCUGAAUAAACGUUCAACUGUAUGUUUCAA